AAAACCACACAAGUUAAACUAUAACAAAAACGUUAUUAGAAAGAUGGAGUUUUCUUGCAAGGACUUCAAGGUGGGAAAAUGUGAGGGAGAAAAAGUGGUGGAUGGAGAAACCAUGCCCUUGGUGCUGCAACCUCCAGUGGCUAACAAGAGUGAUUUGGAGUCCUUGGUCUUGGCUCUGAAGAACAACAAAGAGUGGUUUGAGCAAAUGAUCAUCAAGAACAGUGCUGUUCUUCUCAGAGGCUAUGAUGUCAAGAAUGCUGAGGACUUCAAUGAGAUCGUAGAAACCUGUGGAUGGGAAGACAUUCGUUAUGUAGGACCAGCACCUCGCACGCAUAUUUACAAAAGGGUAUGGACUGCCAACGAAGGACCCCUCUCAGAGUUCAUAUACUAUCACCAUGAAAUGGUUUUGAUUCGGGAAUACCCCAAGAAAGUGAUACUGUUUUGUGAGAUACCUCCCCCUGAAGGGGGAGAGACCCCUUUUGUUCCAAGUUUCAAAGUGACAGAAAGGAUGGUGGAGGAGUUCCCAGAAGAGGUGAAGGAGAUGGAGAAGAAGGGGUUGAAGUAUUCAUUUACAGCUCGUAGUACUCAGAAUGAUAACUCCUCCAUGAGAGGUAGAGGGUGGGAGGAUGCAUUUGGAACCUCAGAUCGCAAAGAAGCUGAGAGAAGGGCAAAAGCUCUAGGAAUGGACAUGGAGUGGCUUCCAGAUGGUGGGGUGAAGACAAUACUUGGACCAAGAAACUUAACCAAGGUAUUUGAAGGAAGGAAAGGAAGAAGAAUGUGGUUCAACACCUUGGUAGGAAUGUAUGGGAAGGAGCUUAGCUCAGCCAUGAUGGCAGAUGGAACAGAGAUUCCAGAACAUGUAGUGAAAAGGUGUGAACAGAUCAUUGAAGAAGAGAGCAUUCAGUUCAAGUGGGAGAAAGGGGAUGUUGUCUUCUUUGAUAACUAUGCUUUGCUUCAUGGUAGAAGACCUUCCCUUCCUCCUAGGAAAGUCCUAGUUUCUACAUGCAAGUAAUUUGAUAUUAUAGUGUUCAAAUUAUAUAUAUGCUAAGAGAUAAAGGGUGUUGAGGAUAAAAGCUAUGAAUAAGUGUGUCAUUUCACCAAUAUAUAUUACAAGGAAAAGUGAUGUAUGGCGACUUUCAAUA